AGUUUUAGUUGCGAACGGUGAUCGCGGUUGAACUGUUCGCGGUCGGUUUCAAGCAUUUCGAAAAGUCGAAACAAAAAAAAUUGGAAAAGAAACAUACAGUGGUUUUUUAAAUUCAUACUUGUACAGCAAAGACAUUGGCAUUAAGAUAAAAGUAGCAUAAUGUCGGGCGAUGUGCAGCCGCGAAAGCGCAAGGAUAAGCGCAAAAAACGUGAUGAUCGCAAAUCCGAGGGGGACAUAAGCGUCUUGCGGCAGUCAAGUUUCCAAGAAGACGACGAUACAGCUUCUCAUGGAGUUCACAUCACAAAGAUGGGAAACGAUGAUGUACACCUGCACGUGCAACAUUCACACGGCACUGGAGGUCAUUGGUGUGCCAAGAUCAUUUUCUUCUCGUUGAUGGCUGUGCUACUGGGACUCGUGGGCUUGAUUAUAUUGGAGAAUCGGGGUUUAGAGGAUGUGGACACGCCGUUGUCGGAAUCUCGCUACUCUAACUACUUCGAUGGCUGGGUGGAGGAGCAUCGUCAGGAUGAACAUGAUGCACAUGGUUCACCUGAAGCGGCCUUAGAUGAUCAUGAUGAUGAACAUGACGAUGAUCAUGACGAUGAACACGACGAGGAAUAUGAAGCGCAUUCUGUUGAAGAGGAGGCUGAAGAAGAACACGAAGCCGAUGAUGAAGAAGAGGAGGAAGAAGAGGAGGAUAACAAUGCUGCUGAAAACGUAACUGCUGAGGAGGAAGAGCAGGAAGAAGAAGAGGAUGAAGAAGAGCCUGAGGAAUCCUUGGAACCAGCGCCAUCUGCAGCCGAUGAUGAGGAGCAGGAUGAAGAUGAGGAUGAAGAUGAAGAUAAUGCCGAUGACGAGAUUGAGGAGUCAAUUGAGCCUCCCCGUUCGCAAUCUAAAGCUCAAAGCGCUUGGGAAACAGCUGAGGAAGAUGAUGAAGUAGAUGGCGAAGACGAAGAGGAUGCCGAUGAAGAGGACGAGGAGGAAGAAGAGCCAGCUAUUUCGCAAUCUCAGCCACAAACCACAGCUGAAGUGGACGAUGAUGAUGACAAUGAUAAUGACGAUGAUGAUUUUGAGGAGGAAGCCGAUGAAGAGGACAACGAGGAGCCGGAAGAAUCUCUUGAACCUGCAGCUCAAAGCGCUGUCGAUGAGGCCGACGAUGAUGAUGACUUUGAGCAGGAUGACAACGAUGAGGAUGAUUUCGAAUCUCUUGAUCAGGAUGUGGAUGACGAGGCUGAGCAACGUCAAACAGCUGUCAAUGCCAAAGCUAAGCAAGACAAUGAGCCAGAGCAAGAACCAGAAGAAGAGGCAGCUACCACAUCAUCUUGGCUGGGUUCCCUUGCCGUUAAAUUUGGCGUUGGCAUUGCACUUGCCCUUGUCUCACGCCUUGUAUUGAUAAGGAAUAAUCCGAAUACAAACGAGGUACAGCCGCCCACACCGGAGGCCAACAUGAGACGACGACUGACCAUAGCGACCGCUGAGGAAAAUAUACCCGAUGAUGUCGAGGAGCUGCCCCCGCUAGAUGACGAGGAAUAUUCCGAGGAGGAGAUAGAAAUCGAGGAGGAAAUCGAGGUGGAGAUCAGCGAUGUGGAUGAGAGCGAUGAUAAUUUGGCAAUCAAUGCAGGCUAUGUGCCAGAGACAUUCGAGCAAUUGAGUGCCAUGUACAGAUCAAAAGCAGAACCAAAGGUUGAAGCCAAAAUUGCUCCCCAACCUGUCACAAGGAUUGCACCUAAACCUGAACCUAAGCCUGAACCUGAGCCGGAACCGGAACCGGAACUAGUACCAGCACACGAAGACGAACCUGAGACGGAUCCUGAUAUACAUGGACCUACGGAUAUUUAUGUGGAGUACGAGGAUGGCGAUAUUGAGGAUUACGAGCACGAUGAUAGCGAUGAGGAGGAAAUCACCGAUGAGGAAGAGGACGAAAUAUCGGAUGUGGAUGAUGCUGAGCUGAUGAGUCGACUGGAGGCGAAAUAUGGCCGUUUACCGGCCAAGGAAUACGAAAGCGAUCCAGACUCGGAUGAUCCGUCCUGGACACAAAUAAAACCCAAGCAACCAAAGGCCGAAGAAAAUGCCGGUGGUGAUGAUCUGUUCGAGCAAGAACUGCGCAAGGCAAAUGCCGAAAUGAUCAAUGAGAAUCCUGCCAAAGUUUUGGGCGCAUUUAAUAAGCUCACACACACAUACGCACACGAGCCGUUGGCUCAUUUGAAUCGGGCGCAGGCGCUGGAGCAGCUGGCAGAGAAGCAGCAUAGCAAUCUAUUGCUUCACGAGGCCAUCGAAUCCUACAAACGCUAUCUGGCCUUCGACGGUCUGAUUGCCAAUGAGCGAGAGUUUCGAUCAGCCGGUGAACGUUGCAUAGAGCACUUGAGAUUUCUGGGUUAUCUGCAGCAGACGGUGGCCAUCCAUGAACUGCUCAUCGAGCGCUAUCCGGCGGAAUCUGUGCUGCGAAAUGAGCUCUCGCUCAGUUAUUUGAUGGCCAAUAAUUACGUUAAACUGCAGCAGGUGGCAGCUGAAACUUUGCAACGUUGGCCUAAAGAUGCAGUUGCUCAGCUGCACUUUGGCUUAGCCAUCAAGCAGCUCAGUGGCGACUAUGCGCGAGCUUUGCCUUAUUUGCAGUAUGCCAUCGAUUCACAGGAAGCUGGCACACAGGAGCCUUACUUCUAUGUGGUCCUGGGCGAGACACUGCAGCGUCUGGGACGAAAUAAGGAAGCUUUGAAGCUGCAUCAACGUGGUGCGGACAAACAAUUCUUUGCCAGCGUCUAUCAGCGUUCGCUGUACAACGAGCCAGGUCUGAGAGCUCAACCCUUUUGGCAGCCCGCUGAGACGGGUUAUGCCUCGCAAUUGGAGCAACUGCAGCAGAGCUGGCGUGUCAUCCGGAAGGAGGCAUUAUCCUUGCUUAAUGCACGCAGAAACUUUCAACCAGAGGCGGAACAAUUGCGUCACACAGGCAACUGGCAGCAGUUUGAAUUGUUUGCCCAGGGCAAGAGACAACACAGCAACUGUCAGCGCGCUCCUUUGACCUGUGCGCUGCUCGACAAGCUGCCUGCAUCCAGUGGCUGUCUGCGUGGCCAGGUCAAGUUCAGCGCCAUGCAGGCUCAGACUCACGUCUGGCCACAUUGCGGACCCACCAACUGCAGACUGCGCGCCCAUCUCACGCUCGUGGCGCCGGAGCCACAGCUGACCAGCUUGCGCGUGGCCGAACAGCAGCGCACUUGGCGUGAGGGCGAACUCUUCAUAUUCGACGACAGCUUCGAGCACGAGGUCUGGCACAAUGGAACACAGCUGCGUCUGGUGCUCAUCCUGGACCUUUGGCAUCCCGAUCUGAGUGAAGUGCAACGUCGCAGCCUGUCCCCAAUUUAAAUCUAGAUUUCAUAGUUUCCAGUCCAGCCAAUUCAUAAUGUUCUUUUUUGUCAUUUUGUUAAUUGAUUCACAUAGAAACAAAGUCACAAUAAUUUAUUUGUAACUCUCUUAACAGUUAAGUUGCGAUAUGAAUGCGUGUUUAGUUUGUAAUGGAAAUGUUAAUCUUAAGUCUAUGAUUAUGAAUAAUGACUAUUGUUGCUGGGUUGGCAGCCCCCUCUUGCUGCUGUAUUCAAACUAUUUUGUAAAUACAGUCAUUUUUUCAAUUUGGAGAA